AUGAGCUCUUAUUUGGUAGAAGAUGAAGUUCGUAUUCAGGAGUUCACAAAACAGGUUACAUAUUCAAUGGAUUUUAAUGUCGAUGCAGGAAAUGCAAAGUGUUCAUGUGGAUUAUUUCAGAUGAGAGGGAUAUUAUGUAGGCAUAUUUUGGCUGUAUUCAAAUCAAACGGUAUAAAAUCAUUGCCAGAAGGUUACAUUUUAGAGCAAUGGAGAAAGGACAUCAAGAGGAGAUACACAUUAAUUCGAAGUAGCUACGAUGCAGGGGAUGAGAGGGCAAAUGGUAAUAGACAUUCAAUUCUUUUGAAUAUGUGUUAUGAGAUGAUCGACUAUGCGGUAGAAUCUAACGAGCAAUUUGAAGAUGCAAAGAAGAGGAUACAUGAGAUGACUGGAUUAUAUCGUCAGAACCGUAGCCCGUUAUCUAUGAACUCUGAAAAAGAACCUGCUACGACACUGGAUACAGCUGCUGUAGUUGGUAGUUCACAAGGAGUAAAGAGUCCACUUGUUGUCAGAGGGAAAGGGAGACCCCCAUCUCUUAGAAGAGCAUCUAAGAUGGAGACAGAUAUGUGGAAGGUUAAAGCCAAACAAAUAAAAGCACAAGCAGGAGGAAAGCGCAAACAGCGAGAUGAAGGAGAUACAGCUCCCAUGGGCACGUGCAGGAAUUUAUUUAGGGCAUCAGAAGUAGAUAUCACCAAUUCUGGAGAAGGGCAGGUUAUGGACAGCAUUAGCGCCACGCAGUCUCAUCCCAUGUUUGGUACUCAAGAAAGUGUUAUGGAAUGGAAAAUUGUUUUAUUUGGUCAUCUAAGAACAGGUUAUGAAGAAGCUGGAGUAGGAGGUUAUGUCCAGUUUGUGGUUAUUAUGGGAGGUGGAAAUUAUACCAUGCUACAGUUGGGGGUAAAUUCCCUAAGAUGGGUUCUCGUAAUAUGUGAUGGAGGUUGA